UGUUCAGACACCUUCCUCCUCCUCUUCCUCCCCGGAGCUCCGCCUCUGGCCCGGAGCUCACACCUGGAGGACGGAGCGGCGGCUGCAGGUAAACCUGAGGAAGAGCUCGGUGUUCUCGGGCUGAGGAGGAGGAGGCAGCGGCGGUGGAGAACAAAGAAAGUCAGUCAUCAUGGGUGAGGCUCCAGUGGGUGAAGAUGGUGCAGUCACACGAUCAGCGGAGUAUGUCGGCUCAUUUCCUGUGGAUGACCGCUGCUUGGACGACCAGAUAGAGCAACUGCACGCUCAGCUGAAAGUCCUGAAAACGUGCAGGAGGAGACGACAAGUGUCCCUGAAAUUCUCCAUCAAAGGUGUGAAAAUGUACAAUGAGGAUGAAACGACCCUCCUAAUGGCUCACGCCCUGCGCAGAGUCUCUCUCUCCACCGCCCAACCCGCUGAUGCUCAGUUUGCCUUCGUCUCUCACAACCCAGGCAACACUGACGCACAACUGUACUGCCACGUCUUUCAGGCUCGGCACGCCAGAGCGGCCCAGUUCCUGAAUCUGCUGCUGUGCCGCUGUUUCCAGCUGUCGUACCUGGAGAAACACCCCGACGAGGCCCAGACGCACUCCGAGGGCUCGCUGCCUCGUCGGAACCCGUCACUGCUCAACCACGGCUUCCCUCUCAGUGUCAGUGCCCUGGUGUCCUUCAGGAGAGCCCCCUUCCAAGGGCUGCUGCCCGGCCUCAAGAAAAACAGCAAGUCCUUCGAUAACACACAAAGCAGCCAAGACGACGUGUUCCCCACCUCCUCCCCCUCGCUGGUUCGCAAGAAAGCCAUCCGCACCAAAGCGCUGUGCUCCGGGGCGUACCGCUCCUUCACUUUCACCCCCCUCAAACAGCGCCUCGUUCAGGAGCGCCUGAACGCAUCACAAGAAAAGGCGGAAGACAAGACACCAGCGAGAAGGUCCCGUGCUCCGAGUCUCGCGGAAACAGAGGAAGCACUGGCUCAUGCGGUGUGGUGUUGGGCUGGUAUCGCAACUGACAGCAGCUACUCUCUGCUGGCAGACGAUGUUCUGGGGUCGUACCUCCUGUGCCCUCAUCCCAAAAAACCCAAAUGCGGCUCUCUCAUCAUUCGCUUCCCCUCCGGCCUGAUGACACACCUCUUAGAAAACUCUCGUACGGGGAAGUUCCUGCUGGAGAAAUGCAGGACUGAGUUCAGUUCCAUCGCAGAACUGAUUGAACACUACACCGAGACCCAGGACGAGCUGCCGAGCCUCCUGAGCUGUGCCCGAGUGAACCACUGCUACGAGUGGGAGGAGAACACCGGCAAGCAGCCGCCUGUGAAGUUGCCCAAGGUCUUCAGCAUAGCCAAACUUAAAAGUAGCUCCAGGAAAUGGUUUUAAACUCUGCGGACUGCCAAAGUCUGAGGAUCCAAACUAAGUAACACCUUUUCUUUCUCUUCUGCACAAACUGUAAAUCGGCUCUUACUUAAAAAUAUCACAUUUGGUGUUGCGGAGAGGAUUCACAGACUAAAAUGCAUCUAUCAACAGUGUUGGCACUUAAUGUAAAUAGAGUACACGUCAUUUCCUGGAAGGGUACUGCUUUAUCAAAGAUGUAAGCAUAUAUUUAAUGCUUGCUGCUUGUAUGUCUUUCAGUAUAUAUUUUCUAAGUGUUUUUAUAUGUGCCUGCAGGGCGUCAGAGGAGGUGAUCUGGGUUUUUAAUGGUGUGAUAUUGAGAAACUCAGAUUGUUGCACCUGAAGCCAUUUUUUUAAAUCUUUUUUUUCUUGCGUUAUAAAGACAAAUGUAUUUUAUCGUUUCAUUGAACUUAAAUCCCGCUUGCAUGUUAUUUUUUUCUCAGUUUAGACAUUAGACCUGGAGAACAUGCAAGUGGUUCUAUACAAGGAAUUUCCUGGUUUAAGAAAACGUUACAGGGACAUCAGUCAUUUUCUAAGUCAUUGGCGUAUAUUAGAGCACUUAUAUCGUGGCCAUGAUAUUUGAAUGUAUUCAAAGUUUCUGUGUUUUUAAUAUUUGUCAGUCUAAUAUGUUAUGUCGGUUUUACUGGUCAUUUUAAGUGGUAAACUGGUAUCUUGUGUCCUGAUGUCAGAUCAGUGGUUUUUCAGCAGAGCAUAAACCAAGAUGUCAUGAUAUAAGAUUAAGUUUGCAUUGGGAUGUUGGUCAUCAUAAAAUAAUCUGAUAUUAUUUUUCCUGUGUAAGGAGGCAUAUUACAGUGAAUGUUAUAUAUUUAUUGUAAGUCAAAUGUACCAUCUUUUCUACAUUACACAGACAAUCCUUUGUUGAGAUUAAAAUACACGUUUUCUUCCAUUUUCAA